AGGAAGGGAGGAAGCAAAAAAGAACUUCCCAAAAAUAUGAAAGGCACUGAUAACAUUUGCAGGAACAUUUAAAGAAUUACCAGACAAAAUACUUAUCCCAUGAGAGUAGAAUAAUUGUGGAAGAUGGGAAAGAUUUUUGUGUUCUGCUCUCAAACUUACUCUGACCAAGGACUCCUUAAAGAAUUUACUCAGCAGAGGAUUCUGAUCUAACAGGUUUUAAAAAUGGCAAGGAAUGUCCGUCUGAUAAUUUUUACUAUUUAUACAUUUGUUUUGCCCAGAUUAUCAUCUAAAAAUUACAACCUAGUUCUAAGAGUACAGAAUAUCAUUUUUAUAACCAAAAACCUAUUUUUCUGACACCCCUGGAUAAAGCCACUAGCAAAGGCUGUCCAAUCAGUAGCAAACCACAGAGGGCAUUGAAACGUGCCACUGCAAACUGGGAAACAUAUUGAAGUUGGGAUAGUUCGAGUAACUAUGUUGUAGUAUAAAGGGGGAACAUGCAUUUUUCUUUAAGUGAUGAUUGUACAGUGUAUAAUUAUGGCAUUACAAACAUGCUGGGAAAAUGUAUAGUUUGCUUCCUUUAACGUCCUUCCUCAAAACUGGCCUUAGUUCAUGUUCUCAGAUGUUUUACGUUUGUGUUUGUAUGAGUGAGAAACACAGGCAGAGGCACAGAGGGAGAGCACACAAGUGUGUGCAGUAAUUAUCCUUCAGUAUAUUUAUUGUUGUGUAUCGUUAUUGGUCUCUUGUCUUAAGCGUGAACUUGAGGAGAAUCAAGUGUUUCAGUCUGUUUCUUUUCAACAGGAGUUUAGUGUCUUGCUCGUCAUCAUUUCUUUUUCUUUUUCUUUUUUUUACUGCACAGCAUACAUUUAGACAACACAGAGACACUGUGAGGCUGCAUCCUUGGAUUUUUGUCCUUGUUCCCAUUGUGUCGGGCUGCUGGCAAGAGAGAGUACCUUAAGAUGACAGUUAUUUUUAUGAUGAACACAGAAAAAAAGAGGACCGUUUUUUUCUUGUUUGACCAUAUAUUUUGUUUGUUUCUAAAUGUUUGCGCGUGUCCCUCAGAUUGGUGUAAUCAAAAUUUGUUUUUGAAUCUGGAGAAAAUCAAAAAGUCUUACGCUAGUUCAAAAACUCUCUUAAAGGUGUGUCGGAGUUGUCAUUCCUAUUGUAGCUGAUAAACUUAACUUCAUAUAAAAUGACAGAGCUUAUGAGUUUCACUACGGCUGGAAAGACAGCACUGAAAAUCACAAAGAUUCUCUAUGUUGAACUUUCAGUUUUGUAGGAGUGUGAAUAUUGUACAUGUAAGACUACAACAGUAGAAUAUAACAAAAACACACAUUUAUUGUACAAGGUAAAGAACGAAAAUAAUUUAUAUUUUUAAGAUAUUUUCUAAAAGAAUGGACUCUUAGACAAACUAUAUUGUGCUAAUCUCAUAGUUUUGCAUUUCAAUUAUGUACUGCAUUAUUUUGAUGGAGUUGCAUUUAUUAGACAAUAUACUAUAGUAGAUAAAUUUGUAUUGUUUGCUACUGUCUCCCUGUUACUGUCUGUCCCUCUAUCCUUUGUGCAAUGUGAAGAACCAAAGAAUUGUUCUUUCUGAUAACUCAUACAGAUGGUAGUAACUUUUAAUGUUUUCUCUCAAAAUGUUAGAAAUUUAAGCAUUCCUUUUCUAAACGGCAGAAUCUGACAUAUUUCAGGGAGCCAUACUUGCUCGUUCAGUACAAACAUGUAAUCUGGAGAAUGCACAGAUGACAGGACUGGCAUCUGAGGAAGAUAUCUGUUGACAGAGGAUCAAAAAAAAAGAAGAAGAAGUUGGAAGGAAAAUGAAGAGGGAAAACAGAGCACUUUAUUUUACAGCCAUUUUUGAAAUUUAAUUUGAUUAUUUACACACUGUGGAUCUUGGCAAGUGGUUUGUUUUCAGAAAUCCAAAAACAUUAUGCUCGUGUGAGUUCACAUGACAUCUCUUCACGAACAUAAAGCCACCUCGCAGCUACCUACAGCUUGGCCACACAAGCAGCAUGGAGGUACAUCGUGUGUCCGUGGGCCGCUUUAGUUCAACCAAAUAUCCUGCAUCCUGCUUUUCUGUAUGCACCUGACUCCAAACACAUGACCAGUCUGGGUGUUGAUCAUCUGGUGCUCUCGUGCUCUUUGCUACAUUAAUCAUGCAAGCAUGUUUUUAUAACAUUAUUAACUCUACAACAUAUCAUGCAAGCAUGCAACAAAGCAUCUAUUUUAGUAGUGAAUCUUUAUGCUUAAAAAAGUAGUAUUUACUCUGUACGGUUGUUUGCAAUCAUUAGACAUAAUAUGAGUUAGAUAUUUCUGUGCCUUUGCUUUUAACAAACGCCCGCCCUGCACACUGUAUCUGUCGCUGUGCCCUGUCUAAUGGAGCCUGAAUGACAAUUAAAGAAACUGUACAGCAAAUAAACACAUGGAGAACUGGGUCAUCAUGCAACCACUCAUAUAUUACACAUCCACAACCCUUCCUCCAAUGUCUUAACACCUAAAAUGCACUAAACAUUUACAUAAAAAAAGGCCCAGUCCAAACAGGUGCAGACUCACUCAGUAGAGUGAACGACCACUGUUUCCAUGGUGAUGGUUGAGAUGACUGGAUAGCUCACAUUUGAUGCAAGCAAGUAGCCUAAUUUGUAGAGAUGGAGUCCUUAAAGACUCAAAUAACAUAUUUGAAAAUACGCACAGGGUUUGCAUUCUGUUCAUUGGUUCAUUCAUCUCUUUUUUUUUUUCUCCUCACCAGUGGCUUCAGUCUGCUGGGGCUUGGAUUAUUAAAGAAAUGAUGUAAACAGAACACUAGAUUUUGGGCCAUCAUUCCUUUAUGUCACCCUUUCUUUUUCAUAGAAACACGCACGCACUGCAGCAAAUUACAAAAGAAUAGAGAACAGCCCGACCGCCGUAGCGUAUGCCUGAAACUAAGGUGCUGCUGCUGCGAUGUAUAUGUUCACUUCAGCUGCUUAUUCGCGUGGAGAAAACGGGUGUGAGAUGUGAAUGGAAUAGGAAGAAGCAGCAUGUGACAGAGGGAGCAGUGCAGGCAGAGCUGUCAGCCUGAUUAAACCUGACAUUCCUAAUGAUGGCUGUAGCACUCUGCUCCCUCACCUCAUGUCCAACUUCAGCCCGAAUAACUUUUUCACUCAGACAACAUGAUCAUUCGAAACACUGUUUGUGAGCUCUUCUUUGCUCUUUUGAUGGAGUAGAGCAUUCCUCAGGCAAGAAGGCUUCCAUCAUAUUCUGUCUAUAAGAAACUAAGUUGCCGAGCCAGAUUAGGCACAUGGUGUGUGUGUGUUUUUCCAUUACAAGGAGUGCCCUUGUGUUUCAGUCUUUUGUGCAGAAUGACAAUGCAAAAGUGGCAGUUCCUUUUGAGGAUGUGUUCAUUUCUGCAAUUCUAUAAAUAUCAUCUCGGGCACUCAAAGGGAGGGUCUGGGCCAGCAGGAAAAGGCUCAGUUACAGCGAUGUCUUUGGCCAGACGGUGUCAUGGAGUCCUGAGGAAAAACUUUGUAACUAAAGAGUCUGGCAAACAUGGGGCUACUGGGGCUCACAGGAAACUAUUCAAGCAACCACUGGUGUGUGGGAUUUGUUGCAGCCCAGCCCUUAAUGCUGCAUGGUAAUGGGAUAAAAAUGUCAAACUGACAAAUGGUCGUAUGACUUUCACUGUUGAAAGCACUAGAAACAGAAGAAAAGACUAGAUAGGUGAGAAAAAGGGAGGGUGUGUUACACAGUGAAGAGUGGGGAUUCAUUAAUAUUCAUCACACAACAGUCAGACGCACAGUAAACACUGAAAAAUCUUUGGAAUUGAGCCUCUCAUCUUAGUGGACUUACCAAAAUAAGCCAUAGUCUAUUUAAAUGGUUACAACUAUUUUCUCCUUUGGAUGAAUGUCCUUAUUGCUUUUUAUUUCUUUUUUUCUUGUCUUCUGAACUGCACUUUAUUUAUUUUUUCUGAAUUGAAUUCUCUGCUGUCUAGCAAGCAUGCAGAUAAAAAUGUCAGCAUACAAAUUAAACACACUGGUUCAAAUCCAAUUUCCAAAAGCACAAGUUCUAAUGUUAUAAAGUAACAUUUUUUUCUUUCUAAGCACAAUAUGCCACACAAGAGGUUUAAGCCAAAUACAGACACAUAAUUCUUUUUUUUUUCCAAAUCUUCCCCCUUCUUCAGGGAACAAAUCACCUCUGUUCAGCUCACACAGGUCUGUAUGCUGCCCUUACUGUGUCUGGGGAAAUGUUUGUUUUGUAAAGUUUCAUACUUUGUACCAGUUGACUUUGUAGAAUAUUAUCUUUGUGAUUUCCUGUUGUUCAACGCAUGUAGCGCUAUUAAAAAACUUUGUCACACUGAACUUGUAGAUAUCAUCUAAGGAGCUAUAGGAAAAAAAAAUGUCUAUGAUGAGCAAUUUUGAAGCAAUUUUACUGACUGAUGCUUAAUAAAAGACAAUACUCCAGAGUUGGUCCAGUGGGAUUCACUUUUAUCAACUGAAAUGAGUUUUUGUGCAACCACUGAAUACAUAAUAACGGGACUGUGAUACAUGAGAGCAAGCUGGUGAGAUUGUGCAAUGACUGAGCUGGUGCUAGAGACGACACCUUAGACAACAGCAUCCUCCAGUGGUAUGUUCUGUAUUAAACAAGUGUCAGGAUAAAUACCAAAGGUAACUACUUAAAAUGACACAUUUUGGCUCAUUAAACAUUGACAUUGACCUGUGACCGUUAGCCUACUUUGUUAUACUGUGUCCUACUAUAAAAGUUAUUACAUUUCGGUCAGUUACCCAUUUUGGGUCCCUGUUAUUUUAAGGGUUGUAAUGAUGCAAUGUUACAAUCAAUAUCAGUCCGAUUCUCUUGCAGAGCAGCCGUCACAUUCCCACUUGUUAUGUUACAUUACAUCAUGGAUGGCUACACCGUGACCACUGUUUUGAAGAGGAUUACAUCACAGUCAAUGCCAGUCACAACUUCAGGCUUUUCCCAAGACACAAACCAUCUUAACUUCCAUAAAAUGCAGCAAAAAACUUGACAAAACCACUAAAGCCUGCGUCACAAGUACAGUAAGAUGUUUCAAAACAACAAACUGAGAUGUAACAGAAGAUAAAGAAUGCUUUUCUAAAAAUGUGAGUUUAAGAAGAAUGCUAAAUAGUAGGGAUUUGUGCACACGUGCUAAGCAGUUUAUCACCUUAACAUUUUACUCAGAGUUGGAUAAUCUGCCUCACAUAAUGGAUCAGAAAUAACUUUCUAUAACAGAUGAAAGGAAUGUCUAUGUAAUAGGUGCUAGUCAUGGAUAAAAUUCUAAAAAUAUCGUACUUGUGUAAAAGCAGUUUACUGUGGUCAAUUGUUGCAGAGGCAAAGAUCUUAAAUAAAUGUCAAACGCAGCUCAGAGUAAAAGUUAUGAGUUAAUAUUUACAUAAGCGAAUAUUGUUCAUUAAAGGCAGCUCUGAGAGGACAAAUGAAACUUAAAGUUAAACCUCCUCUCAGCUGAUUAACCACAAGCUGUAAAUGUAUUAUUGAAAUCAAAAUAUGAUUUACUACAAAUCAUAUAAGAAUGCAAUUGGCUUAUAGACUGUGAGUAUAAAAGCUAAAAACAGUACUGACGAACAAAUGUGGUCUUUGGGUCAAAUAUUUACAGGUAAAAGAAAAAGAACUAGCAGAGUACGAAGAAAAGUAAAGCAGGUAAUAGAAAAGAUUCAGAAGCACUUAUUUUAAAUACAACUGGCAUCUUCACAUCUUAGGAUGUAGCGAAAAAAAUGCUCCAACAGUAAAAAGUGUAACUAGCAAUAUUCACUUCCAUCCACCUUCAAGUGACACUGAACAUCUUGUGGAGAUACUUGUUAAACUGAGGCCCCUCUGGCCUUUCAACACUAGACACCACUCUGAGGUCUGUGGAAACAAAAUAAUUAAAGGCCAGUCUCGUCUGAGUCAGAGUCCACUGCACAAUUACACAAUAUUUUGAUGUAAGAGGAGUCACAGCCAAAUCCUGAGAAACAGAAAAUACAAGAGGCACUACAUAUUUUUGACCAAACUGCUAGAAGCCACAGUUCUUUCAUUUUUAAAGGUAGGUUGACAUUUUUUCAAGUCUGUCUUAAAAUUACUGGUAUGCUACUGCUAAAAGCUACUGAUAACUGUAAUCAGUGGUUUUGAAGAGAUCCCUCUUCUGCAACAAAAAGCAUUCUGCAGCCUGAGUUAGACAACUCAAGUAUGACUUUUUAACCUUUCACAUUGAAAAAAAUGUCCUUCAAGCAUAACAGGCGUCAGAAUUAACAUGAAAGCAUAUACACCUGGGGUCUGUGGUCACUUGGGUCCUUAUGUAUGAAGCUAAUAGGGAGGAAAGCAGCUGCAGUGUUUGUUUUGAAGGUGUUUGUGCCAAGCUGUUAUCUGAACUGAUUCACAAAUAACAAGUUAUUGGUUAAAUAAGUAAUAAUAUGGCCUGUUCAGGCAAUCACAGGCGCUCAUUAUGGGAUCAAUGCUGACAUAUGUAUAUGUCUCUCUCAACUUGUCAUAAAAGAUAGUGUUAUGUGCAGCCUUUGGCUCUGGACCUGAGUGUUAUCUUAAUCCCUGCUUCACUUUUACUCAGCCACUGAUUAUGAAGGAGUUAUGAAUGCGCACGGGUUGUUCAGUCAGCUCCUCAGUCAUCAGACAAAAAGCCCUUCUAUUGGUGGCCACCAUCAGUCUGCCUCAUAAUCCGGCACACACAAGUUAUAUAAAAUGGCCAUCCAAUCCAAUCCCCACAUCACACAGAGAAACAACUAAUACUCAAAGCUCGACGGUCUGCUUGUGUGGUUCUGUAACUUCUGGGACUGGACUGGAGCAUCAUGAUCUUUAUAGUGGACCUGCUGCUGAUGCUCAUCGACCUAACCUACUCCAUCCUGACCGCGAUUGUCCAAACUUUCCUCCGGCCGAGGCUCAAGUGCAUCGAUGGGGAGCUCUGUCUGAUAACGGGAGCAGGGGGCGCGCUGGGUCGGCUCUUCGCCCUGGAGUUUGCAAAAGAGGGUGCGCGCCUGGUGCUGUGGGACUGCGACGCUGCAGCCAACGAGCAGACCGCCAAGCUGGCGCGGGAGACGGGAGCCGAGGUGCACGCGUACACCGUGGACCUGUCCAAGCGUCAGAGCAUCUACGAGACGGCGGGCAGGGUGAGAGCGGAGGUCGGGGACAUCUCCAUAUUGGUCAACAACGCGGGCGUGGUGGCUGGGCGGAGGCUGCUAGACUGUCCCGACGAGCUUUUGGAAAGGACUCUGCUGGUGAACUGCCACGCGCUAUUUUGGAUGACAAAGGCCUUCCUGCCUCAGAUGAAGGCAAAGAACCAUGGUCACAUUGUAACCAUUGCCAGUGCUCUGGGACUAUUCAGCACUGCCUGUGUAGAGGAUUACUGUGCAAGUAAAUUUGGAGCUGUUGGUUUCCAUGAGUCACUGACACACGAGUUGCUUGCAGAAGACUUGGAUGGCAUCAAAACUACUUUAGUCUGCCCUUAUAUUGUAGACACAGGGAUGUUUGCAGGCUGUGAGAUCAGGAAGGAGCUCAAGAAUCUAAUUCCUCCUCUGCAGCCCCUCUACACCGUGCAGCAGUCCAUGAAGGCCAUUUUAGCUGAACAGCAAAUGAUCUGCAUUCCUCGCCUCAUGUACAUUCCGUUCCUCACACGAGCACUACUGCCUUGGGAGGCAAACGUGGCAACAUAUCGCUUCAUGGGAGGUGACAAAUGCAUGCUGCCUUUCAUCAAGAAUGUUGAAAUGAAGACAUCCAACGGCCAUAUCAAAUCCUCCUAACACCCUUCUUAUACAUUUGUAAAAUAAUGGACCAAUGCAAACACCAAAGGAUCAUACUAUAUAUUCUUGAUACAUGAAUUUGUCACCUGAAGAGAGUGUCCAGCAUUUACACUUGUAUGUGUUCACAGCAAUAUUGUACUGAGUGACUAUAUGUAAAUGAUGGGUUAUUUCCAGUUAUAAAUGACCAGAGCUGGGAAUGAAGGAGGGAAAUUCCUUUUGGCAAAAAUAGUUAUUAACAUCUAUACCGGAGGCCACUAAGAUUCACAUACCAAGAUAAAUUCAGAAAUACUGCAGAAAUACCGAAGAGACUGCAAUGGUAGCAGAUCUAUACAAGUGCCUCUUUUUAUUCACAUUAACAAACAGUGCAGAAACGAAGAGUAGACAUGAACAGA